AUGAGCAUCCGAAGCGAAACGAGGAAAGAGAGAAACACGAGAAAAACCCUAAUACUAAUUCCUCCAAAUCCAAUGGCAUCCUCCUCGAUCCCAAUUCGGGAACCCCAUUCCACACCUAAACCUAACCUCCACUCCGUCCCCGCCUCCAUGGCCCUUGCUGCAGCCCCCUCGACCCACUUCCCCCUCUCCCUCUCCAGAAAGCCCCCGCUUUUGACCCCUUCCGCCGCCGCCUCCGUCGCGCCCGCCCACCUCGAGAUCCCAGCCUUGGCAUUCGACCACAAGCUCGUCGUCUCCGGCGGCCGCCAGCUCUCCGGCCACGUCCACAUCAGCGGCUCCAAGAAUGCCGCCCUGGCCGUCCUCGCCGGAUCCCUCUGCUGCGCCGCGGGGCCCGCGGUGAUCCGCGGCGUGCCGGACCUGUCCGACACCCGGACCAUGGCCGCGGUGCUCCGUUCGGUGGGGGCACGGGUGGAGGAGGCGGGCGGUGGGGAGGUGGUGGUGGACGCAACCCGGGUUAGCUCCGUCGAGCCGUCGCCUGAUGAUGUGGGGAGAAUCCGGGCUGGGUUCUUCGUGCUGGGCCCGCUGGUGGCAAGGUUCGGGGAGGCCGAGGUCGCGCUGCCGGGAGGGUGCAAGAUUGGGGCGCGGCCCAUUGAUCUCUACGUCCGGGGGCUCUCGGCUCUUGGGGCUGUUGUUGAAUUGAGGCAUGGGAAAGUCCGAGUACGUGCAGCAAAUGGCAAAGGUCUCAUUGGAGGUCAGUUCCAUCUUGAUUAUCCCAGUGUUGGAGCAACUGAAACCCUCAUGAUGGCAGCAUCUAUGGCAGAGGGGGUGUCCGUACUUUCAAAUGUAGCUCGGGAGCCAGAAGUGGCUGAUCUUGCCCAAUUUCUAGUUGCCUGUGGGGCGUGUAUUGAAGGGGCUGGCACAGGCACACUUGUUAUUACUGGUAGAAAGCAGUUGCAUGGUGCUGAAUUCACCAUUGCACCUGAUCGCAUUGAAGCUGGUACAUUCAUGGUUGCUGCAGCCAUUACUCGAUCAUGCAUUUCACUGUCACCUGUAAUCCCAUAUCACUUAAGUUGCAUGAUAGACAAGCUUUCCACAGCUGGUUGCAGAAUUACACUGAGAGGGCCUGGUAUUCUAGAGAUUUCAGCAGUGCCUGCAGCGACUGGAGGAGAUCUUCAAGGUUUUUAUCUGAAAACAUCACCAUAUCCUGGAUUUCCUACUGAUCUUCAGCCCCAGUUCAUGGCCUUGCUUGCAACUUGUAAUGGAUCAAGCAUUGUCGAAGAAUCUGUCUUUGAAAACCGUAUGCAUCACGUGGAAGAGCUGCAGAAACUCGGUGCCAGAAUUAAACUUCAUGGAAGCACAGCACUAGUUGAAGGAAGAAAACCAAGGAGCCUUGCUCUCUCUGGUUGUCCCAUUGCUGCAGCUGAUUUGAGAGGUGGAGCUGCGCUGGUCCUAGCAGGAAUGGCAGCAGAAGGGGUCACAGAGGUUGGCGGUGUUGCUCAUAUUGACAGAGGUUAUGAGAAUUUUGAGCCGAAACUUCUUUCACUUGGAGCCGAAAUUAGAAGAGAGGUGACUCCGAACAGUUAUUUGUGAAGAUCACUGCUUAAUGCUUAUAGAAAACCUCCAUCCGUGGAAGUUUCAUGACUGUCUGGCUCUUGGUGGGUUUUACUAUUUAUUAUUUAUUUAUUUAUUUUUGGGUUCGUGUUACACGCUCUCACCUUCAUAUAGUUUGAGUUCAAAAAAGGAAUCUCUUUGUACUGCUAUAUCAGGCUAUAUCCACAUGGUUUGA